CAAGCACCGACGACCUCCGUACACAUACACUCCUUGUGCCCACUCAGAUUUCUCGUUCUUUUGGUCGGAGCACUCCCGCCCUUUCGAGGGCUAUACGACCCGGGGACGACAAUCAGAAAGAAGGAUGAGACCAGUUCGACGUGGGUGUUAUGUGCCCUCCAGGGUUCCGCCUUGCCUUGCCCAGCCUUGGACAUGAUGGACGACCACCGGCCCUUGCUAGCCCUCCUUCGUGCUCAAUCUUGAGGAGCAUUGGCCCUCUCCUGUUGUCACUAUCCUUCGAGGGACGCCUGACGGAAGCCCGAUCACCAUCAACAAAACGCCGUGGUCUGCCAGACGGAAUUCCCACCUCAUCAUACAUGUGUCCCAUUACUGAUGACGGCCCCCCCUCGAGGAAUCACUACGGCAAAAUGUGGAAAUGAUCAAGAGAAGGCGUGUGGCUUUGCUCAAGCGGAGAUCUAAUGGCCAACCGCUUGUGUUACUGCCCCUGAUCCUCUUGAGCCAUGUGCCCGGACUGUCACCAACACUGCGUGGAAUAUCGCUCCGCAACAGUGCACCCAUAAGCCCAGAAUGUCAAAUGUAUGCAACCGUUCCCCAGUGUAUGUGCCACAUAUGUCUGACAGGUUGUCCGGAUAGUAUGAAUUUCUCAUACUGCAAGCGCCUGAGCCCAGGUCACCGCUCCCGUUACUGCGGUUGAGCACGACCAAGGCUCGCCCGUCUCCUCCUUGAGGCUCAGUCGGUGCUGGUUCAUCGCAAGAGACUCCGAGGACGGCGACAUUGUUGUCAGCUAUGCCACGGCUGCCCCCUGAACGAGCGUCGUCACCAUGCACCCCCAAAUGUCGGCUUAUACGCCAUGCUUAAUGCUUACGAACGAAUCCCCUUCCAGGCUUGAACGAGCGCGAUGCCAUAUUCCGCCUCGAAGUUCUUGCAUGCUCGAUGGACUGCAACAGGGCGAGGUCCCCGUUUCCAUGGCUACACCCUUCCGCUACCGAGUACCAGCUACCUACAGCAGCUAUCUUCCGGCUACCUCGCCCAGCACUACUUCUCCCACUUGGUCAGGGAGGAAGUCAUUGCGAAUGUUGAUCCAGUCAAGGUGCAUCGUCACCCUUCCCCUUGUGCGCUGCCAGUGCCACAAGGUUUCCCCCUUCCCGGCCGGUUGAUGGCGGUCGGGUUGGAUGGGGCUACGGGCACUUCUUCACGCCGACAACAGAAUGGUGGAACCGGAGCGACCGAUUGGACCUUUGGUUCAGUUUGGGGAGACUUGCCUCGUGGCUUGUCUCCGUUCCUGUGCCCCGUUUCAAGAGUCGGCGCCUGUCGCAUCUGACGAAUGUGACAUGGGAAGAUGUUGUUCCUCAGUCAAGCUGCCAAAGCAUGUCUUUGUUGCGCCCACCAUCCCUACUCGAGUCCUGUAUCGGGACACCGGCCGGUUUCAUUGACGCUCUAAGUGGUGUUGAUGUUGCCGGCCGUUUGUGGAGUCGCAGUCACCAGGCUGUGAGGCAUAUAUUGUCGGCAAUCUGGCCUGUCUCCACUCAACUGUCUGGAUUAUCCGGUCAGUAUAUAUAUACGUCUGUGGAUCUAUUCACGGGCUCUCUCAAGGACGGUUUGCUUGUGACUGCGGCCCAGAAUAUGCCCAGUCCUGUCAACCAAGCCUUCGCACUGUCAUCGCACCUCCCCGUCGUGACACGUGCCUCUCCAGGACACACAGCAACCUUCUCAACCCCUUGUCUUGCCUUGAUCGCCCGGCCCAAUGUUCCGCGUUCGUCCUCUCGGUUCCCCCUCCCGGUUUUCGAUAUACGAGGAUGAGCACGUCAGUCUUUGCUAUGUCAAUGUCGAUAUGACUGGCAGACCAUUUGAUUCCUCGAUACAACGGCACUUACUCUCUUCCCUUAUCGUCGGAAGUCCCAGAACGGUACUCUAUACAUUGAUCGAGGUCCCCAACAACUGACGGUUCCUACGCAAGGGACUUGCAAUAUAGGGGAUCGAAAUCAUCCUCACCGGCCCUGGGAACAAGAUAUUCCCGACGAUUAAAGUCGUCCACAUUGCCGUGAGACACGGAAUCCUUUGUCUCAAUUCAGUUAUGGAUUAUACCAUACGGAUUGGGAAACUUGUGUCGGUGGUUAGCCUGUAUCCUUCGGAAAAGGAUCACAGGGCUAAGACUGCCUCUGGGGGGUGUGUCUAGCACCUCGUUGGGACUCCCCUUUUUUCUGCCGUGGCCCUGUAUCCUUAAGAGAAGGAUUACAGGGCUAAGACCGUCCGCCCUGCCCCUCUUGGGGAUGGAGUUUUGUUGCCUUUGUCCUGUAUCCUUGGAGAAGGAUUACAGGCAGUGGCAAAUUCGAUUCAACGUGUCGCGGCGGCGCGUAGGACAAUGGUCCUACGAUCACAUAAGGUUGAACACAAGGGAGAGAUCCACCUCCGCGCUACUUUGGACGCGCAAGCAGAAAAGUUGAACCAGGAACGGGCUCGCCGCGAACAACGCCGAGCUCAAUGCUCAGCAGGUGGCUGCCUAGCCCCUGGUUGGGACUGGUUUGUUUGCGUUCUAGCCGUGUAAUCCUUCUCCGGUCAGAGAAGGAUUACAGGGCUAUUGCUGCCCCGGGGAGGAAGUCUAGCCUUUGGGAGAAGAGGCUGGGUGUGAGUUCUUGAUAUCUAUCGUCCCCUGUGUGGAGGGGGCGACAAACGUUUGUACCGCCAGCGUGGAACUUCCCACUGUGCUACUCUCGGAAUGCAGGAGGGUGCCAUGCUGUACUCGACGGCGCAGGAAGUAGGAUUCCCGCCGUCGACGAUGAAAACUUCUUUUGAAACUA